AUGCUGGAAAAUAAUGCAGCUAGUAAUGUCGAAACUUGUGAGGGAGAGUGUCAAUUUCCUGAAGAUUUAAAACAACAUAGAAUUUCCAAGACCGCAAUGUCUCCAGAGAUUGCUGAUCGUUCAUUAUAUUGUGGUAUCUACAAAUGGCGUCCUCCGUUUUUGCGUAGUUCUGGAAACCUAAUAGCUUUCCUUGCUGCUGCUUGCUUUAUAUCUUGCCUGCAGUCUUCUUUUUCUGGUUACACAAGCUCUCAAGUGACAACUUUAGAAAAACGGUUUGCGAUAGGCAGCAGUGUUAUAGGAGUAAUCAAUUCUUGUUUUGAAGUUGGCUAUAUUUUUUCUGUUACAUAUGUCAGUUACGUUGGAAGUCAUGGUCGAGUACCUGUGUGGAUAUCAAUUGGUCUUUUUAUAAUGUCCGCUGGAUCAUUUUUGUGGUCUCUGCCUCACUUCGUUUUCUUUGAUAGGAGUAGAACAAGUUCUGUUUCCUUAAAUGAACAACUUUGUGUUUUAUCCAAGAAUACAAGUACCUGCGCUGAAGGAUGUGAUGACAAGUCGUUAAUUGGCUGUUCAGAAUCUUCUACCAUUGGUUAUGCCUUUCUUCCCGUUUUUAUUCUUGCCCAGCUGUUGAUUGGUGCUGGUUCGAGUCCAAUUUUGACAUUAACCCCCCCUUUCAUCGAUGAUCAUGUACCUUCUUCUAAAGCGCCCCCAAUGAUAGCUUCGCUAUAUGCAGCUUCAGCAAUGGGUCCUGUUAUAGGAUUUGCCUUGGGAGCGUUUUUGCUGCAGUACCCAGCUGAUGUCUUAACUAUGUAUAGACCUUUCAAAAUAGGUCCUGGUGAUCCUGAAUGGAUUGGUGCCUGGUGGGCCGGAUUCAUUUUAUUAGGAGGUCUUGUUUUCAUUGGGGCCAUUAUACUCUUGAUGUUUCCGAGAAAAUUACAGGAAUUCUCUUGUGAUCCUUUGAAAUCGAAGAAAUUGUCCAUUAAGAGUGUACCAAUGAAUAAUGGUUGUGUAUUAAGUGAAUCAACUCCAAUGAGGCCACAUGAUAAAUGUACAAAUUCUACGUUAGAAACUGAAAUAAAUCCUGACAAUGACUCUGAAUAUCAAAGCCCUUGGUCAGAUUUUUCUUCUUCACGACGAAGUCAACGAAAAAGUCGAAGCUCAAAUCCUCAUUUUCAAAGUCAACCGCUUGAUUCAAAGAAUACAUGGAGUGAUUUUAGUACCGUCGUGUGUUCACUUAUUCGAAAUAAAAUUUACAUUAUGGCUUGUUUUUGUAUAUGUUCAGAAAUGUUUAUUGUUGUUGGGUUUGCAUCAUUUUUACCAAAAUAUUUAGAAAUGGGAUUUCGAAUUAAUAAAUCGUCAAGCAGUUUAAUAGCUGGUGGUCUGAUUGUACCCUGUGGUGCGUUCGGCAUUUUAGUUGGUGGGAUUAUUCUCAAUAGAUUUCAAUUUCGUCGUAAAGGUGCUAUCCGAUUUGUUCUCGUCGUUAAUUUGAUCAUUUUAGCUUGUAUGUGUUCAUUUUUCUUUUUGGGCUGUAAAAAUCCCUCAAUUGCUGGUUUAACUGUGUCUUAUCCAGAAGAUUCACCUUAUUCACGUAACAUGUUACCAGUAUGCAAUGCUAAUUGUUCAUGUAAUCAAAAUGAAUGGUCUCCAGUGUGUCAUUUAGCUUCUGAUAUCACGUACAUUUCACCUUGUCAUGCCGGUUGUCAAGACAGAUUCCUUCUCAAUAACUCAAUAUAUGAGUUUCGUAAAUGUGCUUGUACAUUACACAGCAUCAAUAAUAACAGUAUUGUUUCAUCUAAGAUUACUGAUGUAACAAAACCUGGUGAAUGUGAUUUACACUGUCAUACACUGAUUCCAUUUGUUGUUCUAUUAACAUUUUUAUUAUUUCUAACUGGUGUAAUUCAAAAUCCUUUAUUAAUGGUUACAAUGCGAUCAGUUGAUCAUAAUCAACGUUCUUUUGCUUUGGGCCUUCAAUUUACAAUAGUACGAUUGUUUUCUUAUUUACCUUCACCAAUCGUAUACGGACGUGUGAUUGAUGGAGCAUGUCGAUUUUGGCGAACAGAAUGUGGUCGUGUAGGUGAUUGUGCUUUUGUAGAUGUGCGAGAUUUAAAUUUAUAUAUAACUGGCCUUGGAUUCGUUGUCAAAGGAUCUGGUCUUUUAUUUUAUUUUUUCCUACUGUACUUUCUUUAUCGUGACAAAUCAGCUGAUAACACUACUUUUAAUAAUCAUGGUAGUUUAGCCAAUGAACCUAAACAUUUACAUGGUGAAGUUAACGGUCCAAAAGUACCAACUGUUAUUGUAUCGUAUAGUAGGCCAUGA